CUCUGACACCGCUCCCUUUUAUGCUGCUUUGUACUUUAUUUGUUACCGAUAAAACGGUCAAUAUUCUUCUUCCUGUGUUUGAUUUCAUGGCUUCAUAAAUUAUUGCUGCUGAUAAAAACAAUGGAUAAAUUAUCCGACUUAUUUGUCUCAUGAUGUAACCUAUUAUUGAGAUGGUGACUGGAUCGCUGUCAUAGAUUUUAACAACGUAAGCGCAUGCAGAGUAGACGUGACAGAAGACUGAUCCGGUAUAGUAGAAGAUGGACACAGUGGCUAAUUUAUUUAAUACUCACUGUCAGGUUCAUCUAGAUAGCUUGUUAGAGUACUUCUGCGUUGACCAUGAUCAGCUGUGUUGUCAAUAUUGUCGAAAAGAACAUUCAUCAUGUCGAAACACCAUGUCGCUUACUUUGGCGUCAGAAGGUAUACAAUUUUCACACAAAGUUUCCGACUGCACGAAACAACUAAAGACAUUUGACAGUACUUGCCAGGAUAUUAUCAAUAACAGAGAUCACUGUGUCGCCACCUUAAAAACAGAUGUUAGAAGAUUGAAAGAAACUUGGUCUAAAAACUGUAGAGUCGAUGAAAUAGAAAACAGCUUAAAUGAAAAAUUAGAAGAUACUUUGAAAAAGCUUUGGAAUGAAAAACAAUAUGCUUAUCAUUUGAAAAGGGAGUUAGAAUCAACCUAUGAUAAAAUAGUAUUUACAACUACACAUGGGACGAACGAGCAAGUUUUCAUAUUGAUUCAUACAUUUGACUUGGAAUUGAAGCAAAUCGAAAGCAACAUAAGAAAUGCUAUAAAAAGUCUGAAAAAUAUUACCAUCUUAGUAGAAGAUUGUGGAAAUAAAAAAGAAACUUCAAAGAUGAUCACUGUUCUAACGAGUCCAUGUGAAAUAACCUUCAGGUCUGCGACAUUAAUUCAAGCACAAGCUCCUUCACAAUCGGCAGCAACACUUCAAGUGUUUCAAUAUCAUUCUAGGAUUGAUGUUACGGGUAAAGCUAUAACUGGUAUGACUGUCAUCGACCAAAAUGUUUUACUGCUAUGUGACUAUAAAUACUGUGGUAGUGAAACUGUUUCGGCAUACACUGACACAGGGAUAUUAUUGAACACAAUCAAGAUGCCUGCUCCAGUAUGGGAUAUUGCCAUGAUCCCAGGUUCUUGUAAAGCAGUUGUAACGUUUAAUAGCAAAAUUCUCGGCUUUAUCAAUACAAAUAAACUAAUACCAAUGAAGAGCAAAACCGUAUUUGGGGCAAAACAUCUUGCUGGUAUAGCUGCUUCUCAAAAUGAGAUAAUGGUCGGUGAUAUGGGAAUCAUUCACUUCUUAAACAUACACGGACAACAUCUUUGUUAUUUGAGAAUCUGGGGUUGGGCGCAGUAUCUUAGUUUUGGAAACAACAACCGUUUAAUAUAUACAGAUCAUGAUUCUAUAAACUGUAUAGACCUGGGUGGCAGUGACAUUUUUAAAAUUCAAAUACAAGGAGAAAAUAUGCACAGACAAAUUGUGCAGGAUCUGAGAAAUAACAUCUACGUCACAGGACGUGGCACUAACUCAAUUCAACGUUUGUAUGCUGAUGGAACAUUAGACCGUCUUGUUGUGGAUGUUUAUAAUGGAAUUAAGGACCCUUUAGCUAUCUGUUUCAACACAGACUAUGACAAGUUAUACGUAUCAAACAAUGGAGAAAAAUCAAUACUAGUAUUUAGGUGUAAUUAAACAAUGAAUCGUGACUGGGUUUUAAUUGAUUCUGCAUUUCUAAAUGUGUUGCUUCAUUUAACUAUUAAACCUAUUAUGUAAUAAUACCAGUACAUUGCGUGUUAUUU